CCUCUAACUUCAGUUUUUUUUUGUGUAUUCAUUUAUGCGUUAUCAUCGUUGAACGUUGUUUGGCUUUUUUUUUGCUUGUCGCGCCAACUCAGCAUAUCAAAUUCCUAAUGUUUAUGGAUAGGGCGUAAGGCGUUUAAUCUGUAAUUCUUGUUGAGUGAUCGAGACAGAGAGGCACCUUGGCAAUUGGCGCGUCAUCAUGCAGCAGACAGCAGGCGUGUGACGACCUGCCCUUCGCCAACCAGCUAAACUUCUUCUCAAGUUACACCGGAGGAUUCUGGAGGCCCGAUUCUUUCCUCGCAAGGAAGGUUUGAAUCCACUUCCCGUUGCCCGUCGAAGGCGGCUCGGGAUACGUCUGAGCGAUCCUUCUCAGCGACCGAUCCGGGCAUAUCUCGGUUUAAGGGGAACACAAAGGAACGAAUCGAUCAGACUGACUCGGAUUCAUGGACGGGUGGAAGAGAGAGAUUUCUGGCAGAAGAUAGGCGCCACUGCUGUCAGACCGAUGCUCCAGUGCAGGUGAAGGGGCCAGCUUCUGAAACGCGAUCCAGGCGAGGAAAGAUGUCGCCGAACAGCACUGAGUUGCCCCCUGUCUGUCGGGACUUUGACAGCAAAUUAUUGCUGCCCAGCUGCAGCGACCACGAUCAGGUCCACCAGCUGCUGCUGGCCUGGCACGGCGUGCAACUGGGCAUCAGCCUCCCGCUCAACGCCGUGGCUCUCUGGGUCUUCAUCUGCUUCCUGCGCCUGCGGACGGUGGUGACAGUGUACCUGGCGAACCUGGCCGCCUGCGACCUGCUCUUCACCCUGGCCCUGCCUCUGCGGAUCUACUACUUCGCCACCGACAACUGGCCACUGGGCAACGCACUCUGCCAGCUGGCGGGCUCACUCUUCCAGCUCAACAUGUACGGCAGCUGCCUCUUCCUGGCGGCCGUCAACGUCGACCGCUUCCUGGCGCUGGUGCAUCCCCUCCACUCCCGGCCCCUGCGCCGGCGCCGAAUAGCCUGGCGAGUGUGUGGGGUGGUCUGGGCGCUCAUCGCCCUGGGAUCCAUCCCCGUGGCCAUCGCCCACGACACCAGCUGCUGCCAGAAUUCCAACUCCACAGUGGAGGUGCGCUGCUUCGAGAGCUUCUCCCCACGGGCCUGGAAGAGGGAGCUGCUGCCUCUCGUUGUGCUGGCGGAGAUCCUGGGCUUCCUCCUGCCCCUGUCUGCCGUUCUGUACUGCUCUGUCCGCAUCCUGCGCGUCCUGAGCCGCAGGGGUGGUGGCGGGCAGGGAGAGGGCGAGGUCCGGAGGAAGAAAGUGCGCCUUCUCCUGCUGGUCAAUGCCACCAUCUUUGUGCUGUGCUUCCUGCCCUACAACCUGCUGCUGGCGAGCUAUGCAGGGAUGAAGGCCAGUGGGGACGAGAGCAACACAGAGCUGAGGUCCAGACUCCGCUACGCCCUCCAGAUCACCAUGCUCCUGUCGAGCUCCAAUUGCUGCCUGGACCCACUGGUCUACUACUUCAGCACUGAGGGCUUCCGGGCCACCUUCCGGCGUGGGCCCCUCAGCCCGAGCUGGUCCAGGGAACUGGGCCAGGGGCGGUGGACACUCCUGCUUCCGUCCAGGAAGGGGCGCGACCGGGCCAGGUCCUCAGACCACGGAUCUCCCCCUGUGGAGUUCCAGGUUGUGGGGAAGGGGGAGGGGUUGGAGAAUGGAGAGGGUGCAGAGGAGAAGGGGGAGAAAUGCUUGUAGACAGAGUCGGGCGCGUGACCCUUCGAUCCCACGAUCCUUUCUGAGCCGGCCAAUACUGUUCGAUUGUACAUUCCCAAUGAGCCCCACUCCUUCCCACUCACUCCCCUCGUCCACACUCCCAAAGUACCAACCCCCGCCCCCCACCAUUCACUCUCAGUAGGGUCCACUCCUUCCCACUCACUCCCACUGUCUGCUCUGAACCUUUACUGUCAGGGAAAUGUAUACAACAUAUAUCCUUAAGUUCUUUUUCUUCACAAGCAUCCACAAAAACAGAGAUGUACCUCAAAGAAUGAACGACAGUUAAACCUUUGAACCCCAAAGCCCCCCCCACAGCUCCCCCCUCCUUCGCACAAGCAGCAGCCCGCAGCCCCCCAUGCCCAUGAGCAAGAAGACAUCAGCGCCUUCCAUUAAACACUCAAGGGUGCAGCAAAGCAUCGGUAAAGACACAUAUGUGCAGUACUCCAAAGACUACUUGUUCGCACGGUAGUUCAACAUACCACCAGCUCUCUCUGUUUCCCUGAUAAGGGAAAAAAGAGGUGUCCCCGUUUCACAGAGAGAGGGGAGACUAAACAAUCAUCUCACUCAUGAUGUUAGAAGCCUGUUGUGUUGUUUUUUUCAAGCUCUGCACCCAGACAGUUGGCCCCAGAAAGGCACAGCUCUCCGGACACACAACCCCCCGGCAGCCGACCCGCUGUCCCUGAUGUUCCGUGUUCUGUCAUGGUGCUUCAGACAGGGCCACCGGCCAAGACCCGGCCCGUCUCCAGAGCCACGGGAUUCUGGCACCCUGAAGGCGUGCUAGUCUUCCUUGGGAUAUCAAAAAGCAGCCGGUCGUAAGGCCCAGAGAGGGGGUCCCAUUCCCACAAAGAACCGAAGACAGGGUGCAACUCCGGAGAAGGGAAAAAAGAGAUUUCAAGGAUAGAAAUAGAGCUAUUUCCAAGGAGGCAAGCAAAGGAGUCACUGUUUAGCACGAUCAUGACUUCACCCUGCCCCUCUGCUCUUAAUGGAGCCCAACUAUUCCUAAUCAUUCCAAUAGCACACACUCCCAAUGACCCAGCCUACCCUGUCAGUCUGCAAUCACAAUACACAGCAGCCCUUUCUGUGCCCUCUACCACCCACACCCGUAAAGAGUCCAACCCUUUCCAUGAACACAGGCACUCUGAAUGCUUCCUGCCCCUUCCUGCCCACUGCCGAUGUCCCAACAGACACUGCAUUGACCGCUGAACGAAAUCACUCAGGGACCGACUGUGGGGGUGCGACAUGCAUUCACUCACCUGGAAAGCAAGCACUCUCUGUGAGAUCUCUGGAAUGGAGUCUUGCCAGACUCAAAGUGCGUGAGAUAGAAACAGAGAUAAAAAAAAGUAGGCAAGUCAACACAGUUACCAGUAUCUGCGAUCACAUCAAAUACUUUUGAGAUUUUUCAGUCGGACAUGGUCCAAUUGAUUUCAGAAAGUAUCAGCUGUAGGAAAGAUUGGACAAACUUGUUUUUUUUUUUGUGGAUUCUUGGAGGCUGAGGAGAGACCUGAAAGAGCAGGACAGACAAAUGGAAUACAGUCUUGGGAAAUGUACAAUUAUGCAUUUUGGUAAAAGGAAGAAUAGUGCAGAUUGUUAUCUAAACAGGUAGGACAUUCAAACAUCAGAGGAGCAGAGGGACUUGUGAGACCGCCUGCAAGACUCUCAGAAGGCUAAUUUACAGGUUGAUUCGGUGGUAAAGAAGGCAAAUGCAAUGUUGGCAUUUAUUUCAAAGAAUUAUAAAAGCAAGGAGAUAACGUUGAGCCUUUAUAAGACACCAGUGAGGCUGCACUUGGAGUAUUGUCAACAGUUUUGGGCCCAUAUCUCGGAAAGGAUGUGUUGUCCCUGGAGACAGUCCAGAGGAGGGUCACAAGGAUGAUUCCAGGAAUGAAGGGGUUAACAUCUGAGGAGAGCUUGGCAACUUUGGGUCUGUACUCACUGGGAUUUACAAGAAUGUGGGGGGGGCGGGGGGCGGGGGUGCGUGGAAUCUCAUUUAAACCUACCGAAUGUUGAAACGACGAGAUAGAGUGGAUGUGGAGAGGAUGUUUCCUACGGUGUGGGUAUCCAGAACUGGAGGGCACAGCCUCAAAAUUGAGGAGUGGCCUUUUAGAAGAGGCACGGAGGAGUUUUUUUUAGCCAGAAAGCAGGAAAUCUGUGGAAUGCUCUGCCACAGACUGCAGUGGAGGCCAAGUCUGCGUAUAUGUAAGGUGGAAGUUGAUAGCUUCCUGAUCGGUCAGGGCAUCAAAGGUUAUGGUGAGAAGGCGGGUGACUAGGGUUUAGGGGGAUCCGGUAUCAGCCAUGAUAGAAUUGCGGAGCAGACUCGAUGGGCUGAAUGGACUAAAUCUGCCCGUGUCUUACGGUCGAAUGCUCUAACAUUAUGAAAUUACAGGAGGCUAUAUCACAUCCUUUCUAAGAUAUGGGGCCCAAACCUGUUGUCGAUACCCCAAGUGCGGCCUGACCAGUGUCUUCUAAAGGCUCAGCAUUAUUUCUUUGCUUUUAUAUUCUGUUCCACUUGAAAUGCGUGUCAACGUUGCACAUGGUGCCCUGACUGAGAAUCUUUCUUACAUGGUGAAAGUGCCAAGCGUACGCUCAAAAUCUUGGCAGCUGUCAGGUGCAGCGUACAGCAGUACUGGCAGGAACAGUGAUAUACAUAUAAUGGGUGCGGCCUAAAGCUCCCUAAAAGUGGUGUCACGGGUAGUCUGAGUGGAAAAGCCUGCAAGUAGCAUAAUUAAAUUCAUUGCUGGGGACAUGGAGUAUGAGACUUGGGAUAUCACGAUGAAGCCAUCAACCACUCUGGGGUGGCCAUACUUGGAGAAUUGGCUGCAGUCCUGGUCGAUGCCACGGCUUUAUAAGACACUGGUGAGGCCACCCCCUUGGGUGUCGUGAACAGUUAUCUAGGGAAAGUUGGGCUGGCAUUGGAGAGAGUCCAAAGAAGGUUCACAGGGAUGAUUCUGGGAAUGAAAGGGUAGGGUUGUCAUAGGAGGAAUGUUAGAUGGUUCUGGGUCUGUACUCACUGGAAUUUAGAAGGGGUGGGGGGGGAGGGGGGAUCUCACUGAAACCUUUCAAAUGUUGAGAGGCCCAGACAGAGUAGCUGUGCAAAGGAUGUUUCCCGUGGUGGGGGAGUCUAGAGCAAGAGGGCACAGCCUCAGGAAGGAGGGGUGCCCUUUCAAAACAGAUGGGGUGAAAUUUCUUUUGAUGAAUUUGUGGAAUCUGUUACCACAGGCAGCUGUGGAGGCCAGGUCACUGGGUGUAUUUCGUACAGACUGAUUGGUUCUUGACUGGGCAUGGCAUCAAAGGUUACGGAGAGUGGAGCUGUGGGUGGGCUGGGGUGUGGUGGCGGGAGAAAAGGGAUCGGCCAUGGUUGAAUGGUGGAGCAGACUCGAUGGGCCGAAUGGCCUAAUUCUGCUCCUAUAUCUUAUAAUAUUAGAGGCAAGUGUAGAGCAGUUAGCCAGCAUCAUUGCUACAUUUCCCCUGAGGUAGAAAUGCCAAACGGGGGGGUGGGGGGGGAGUGCAAAUAAGAUGUGCGAGGCACGUUUUUUUUCGCAGAGAGGACAGUGCGCGUCUGGAAUGGGGCUGCCAGGUGCAGCGGAGGAAGCAGAAACUGUGGAUGUGUCGAAGAGAAUGGAGGGAUAUGGGCCGUGUGCCCAGCCCCGCACUGCAGACCUGUGGUCACCCAGUACGGACUGGCUGGGGCACUCGGUGGAUCUCCUGGUGGACUUGCUCCUGGCCCUGGCCAAGACGGCAGCUCACAGAUCCACACAGCAGGAGCCCGAGGGUUUAUGUCCUUGGAGCGGGCGCACGCAAUCUCUGCGGGCCCAUUGGGAGCGUUCUUGGACCGGGGCCCCCGCUCUACAGAACUGAGUGUUUUGUAGAUAAUAGUAACCAUAUUUUAAUGUGAAAUGUCAGCUUUGUAAAGCCCUGGUCACUUUCUGUAUUUUGUGAGUGAAAAAAUGUUAAAUCGGGUGGUGGGGUCGGGACACAUUUCCACCAAAGGAGGUGCAAGGUGCUGGCCUGCAGGUCACCCUUGGUCAAGGUGUGGCGCCUGUUAGCCCCUCCCCCUUCACUGCCCCCGCCACCAGAGCAGGUACAGGAUGGUCAUAUGAGCAAAUGCUGCAUUUGCAGAGGUCCUGGGCACACGACCGCUGAUGCCGGGCAGACAAUGUCUGAACGGUGUUGAUAAGUGGCUGUGGAGGGAGUGGGGUCACCUGCCUUGUGACCACAUCGCCCGGGAGAAGGCAGUGGCAGGCCACUUCUGUGGGGAAAUUUGCCAAGAACAAUCGUGGCCGUGGAUAGACCAUGAUCGUCUGUCCUGCAACACGGCACAUAGUGAUGGUGACGAGUUCUGUUUUUAUUUUUAAAAAGAGAUUGUGUCAUUAGCUUAAUUAGUCUGGCAUGACACUGUGGGGCGUAGAUGCCUGUUCCUGCACUACUUUUCUGUAUUAUGUGGAGUUUAUAAUGUAUGCCUAUAAUAAAGUUGAACUUGAAG